UCUGUCAAAAACCUCCGCCCCUCCCUUCCUGAUGCGUUCUCGUCCCAAAGCAAUUCGCGUCAACGGCCGUGUUCUCAGCAUCUCCUUCCAGGGGGAGGCGCUGCUCAGCCAGCUGGCUGUGGUGGGAGGCAACAAGAGCGGAGUGUUUGUGCACCAGGUGACAGAGGGCUCCGCUGCGCAUACUGUGGGCAUCAGCCCCGGCUCACAGAUAGUGGAGGUGAAGUACGAGCAGAACCAGAAGGCUCUGAGGAUGGUGCUGGAGGAUUCCACUUUAGAGGAAGCUAUGUGGGCUCUUGGCCAGGUCACAGGCCUCUGUCACCUCUCCCUUCGGCCCAGGCAAGAUGACUACGAAACGCUGCUGCAGCAGCUGCAGAGCAGUGAGACAUCAUCUGGGGACUCCUUCUACGUCCGUGUCAACAUGUGUCUCCCUGCCGGCGCCAAUGGAACCUUAGCUGUGUCCCUCAACGACAUCCUCCAUGUGACCAACACACGGCCUGCUGACACUGAGGACUCGUGGCACGCCAGCCAAGUUCACCCCUGUCAGCUCCUCGACCUCCAGAGCGGAAACGUACCCAAUUAUUACAG